AUGGGGGCGCUGCUGGCGCUCUGUUUCCUCGUGGGCUUGCUGCGCUGUGGCCCGGCGGAAGCACAGCAGCCUGGGGAAUACUGCCACGGCUGGGUGGACGCUCAGGGCAACUAUCACGAGGGUUUCCAGUGCCCCGAGGACUUCGACACGCAGGACGCCACCAUCUGCUGCGGUUCGUGCGCGCUGCGCUACUGCUGCGCUGCAGCCGACGCCAGGUUGGAGCAGGGCGGCUGCACCAACGACCGCGGAGAGCUGGAGCAUCCCGGCAUUACCGCGCAGCCUGUCUACGUCCCCUUCUUGAUUGUCGGCUCCAUCUUCAUCGCCUUCAUCAUCUUGGGCUCUUUAGUGGCUAUCUACUGCUGCACCUGUUUGAGGCCCAAGGAGCCCUCCCAGCAGCCGAUCCGCUUCUCACUCCGCAGCUACCAGACAGAGACCUUGCCCAUGAUCCUCACCUCCACCAGCCUCAGAGCGCCUUCCAGGCAGUCCAGCACAGCCACCAGCUCCAGCUCCACAGGGGGCUCUGUCCGGAGGUUCUCCUUUGCCAGGCCUGAGCCAGGCUGCCUGGUACCCUCAUCACCCCCGCCUUACUCCACUGGCCAUGCCAUACACCUAACCCAGCCGUCCGGUUUCCUGGUGUCACCCCAGUAUUUUGCCUACCCUCUGCAGCAGGAGCCCCCAUUACCCGGGAAGAGCUGUCCGGAUUUCAGUUCCAGCUGA